GUCUUUGUCUUGUUGUCGUGCUGCACGUAGAAGCGCUUCGCGUGUGGUUUUUGGUUUGGGUUACAGUGCAACUGAAUGCCACAUUGCUGUCGCGCGCUCAGUCUCACGAGCAUAUUUUGAGAGCUGGAGUUUUAUUCUGCUGCCUCGCGACUCAUUUUCUUUUUGUUACGUUGUCUAUGAGUCUUAACCCAAGAAACCAUUCCAUAUAGGCUAGUGACAAUUUUUGACCAGGUUACGGAACGUUUUUUUCUUCUUCUUCUUCUUAUAUAGCCUACUCUGGAUGGAGUCCUAGCCUACAUUGUGACCAACGAUGUUUCAAUGGACCUGAAUGAGAAAGGAUUAUUCUUUUGAUCGUCAAAACAAUAAAUUGCGUGUUUGAAAGAACUUACCCACGGAUAAAAAAACGCAAUGAUUUUCGCCGCGAUUUACAUGGUUUUGCCACUGUUGGAUGUGCUGUUAUCUGCCGAGGAGUCUUACUUUACUAGCUCAAACCGGCUGGACUGUGUGAAGGCGAACGAGCUGUGUUUGAAGGAGCCGGGAUGCAGCACAAAGUAUCGAACUAUGAGGCAGUGCUUGGCGGGGAGGGAGACCAACUUCAGUAUGGUGACUGGAGUGGAGGCGAAGGAUGAAUGCCGGCUUGCGUUGGACGCUCUAAAGCAGAGCCCUUUGUAUAACUGCCGCUGUAAAAGAGGCAUGAAGAAAGAAAAGAACUGCCUGCGCAUCUACUGGGGGAUCUAUCAGCAUUUACAGGGGAAUGAUUUACUUGAGGAUUCUCCAUAUGAGCCUGUGAACAGCCGGCUUUCUGAUAUAUUUCGACUUGCUCCCAUCUAUUCAGAAGGAGGGACUAAUGGCAGUCCCUGGAGCAAUCCUGUCACCGUGGCCCCAGGGAGAGGGUCCCAGGGCAGGUCAAGACCACUUGAACCUCAAGACCCCAGUAGAAACAGAAGGGCUCACCCAAACUGGGCUAUUCUGGGUGAGCCAGCGCUAGCAAAAGAGAACAACUGCCUGAAUGCAGCGAAGGCCUGCAACCUGAACGACACCUGUAAGAAAUACCGUUCAGCUUACAUAAGCCCCUGCACCAGCCGAGUCUCAACGGCUGAAGUCUGCAACAAACGCAAGUGCCACAAGGCCCUGCGGCAGUUCUUCGACAAGGUGCCGCCCAAGCACAGCUACGGUAUGCUCUUCUGCUCCUGUCCUCUGGGGGAUCAGCUGGCCUGUUCUGAGCGGAGACGCCAGACCAUCGUACCAGCCUGUUCAUAUGAGGACAAGGAGAAGCCCAACUGCCUGGCACUGCAAGCGUCCUGCAAGACCAACUACAUCUGCAGGUCUCGUCUGGCUGAUUUCUUCACUAACUGUCAACCGGAGCCCCGCUCUCUCUCUGGCUGUCUGAAGGAGAAUUAUGCUGACUGCUUGCUGUCAUACUCUGGCCUCAUUGGCACGGUGAUGACCCCAAAUUAUCUGCGCUCACCCAAGAUCAGUGUGUCUCCAUUCUGUGAUUGCAGCAGCAGCGGCAACAGCAAAGAGGAAUGCGACAGAUUCACCGAGUUCUUCACUGACAACGGCUGCCUGCGUAAUGCAAUCCAGGCAUUUGGAAAUGGGACGGAUGUGAGCGUUUGGCAGCCAAUGCCCCCAGUGCAAACAACCACCACUAUGACAACACCAUCCCAGAGGAACAGAGAUAGAGAGAGAUCACCCAAUGCCAUAGAGCCAGGGACACACAUCAACCAUCUCAAUCCGGCGGAUAACUCCCUUUACCAGUUCUGUGGAAGCCUCCAGGCACAGAAGCUAAAUACAAACAACACAAUAGAUGUGUUAUGUGUGGACCCACAGAUUGAUGACCCCAGCUCCGCCAAUGCCAUCACCAGGAAUUCGUCCACUUGGCAGGGAACUCAAUCAGGCCUUAGCUCUCUGCUGCUCCUGCUGGCUUCCUCCUUGCACUGCAUCUUCACCAUAGCGAUGUUGUAGCCACCUAAGAACAUACAACAGGGACAGUCACAAUUUGUAGAAAGUCGAUAGCUGUUCCUGGUCAAUCUGUUGUACUCGGUACUCUCUCUCUCUCUCUCUCUCUCUUAGUCCCUCCCUUCCUCUCUCUCUGUUCUUUUUUUUAAAAGGGGUCAUAUGAUGCGAUUUCAAGUUUUCCUUUCUCUUUGGAGUGUUACAAGCUCUUGGUGCAUAAAGAAGAUC